AUGCAGUUCUUGUGUCUACAUGGGGCCAUUGGCAAUAUAGACAAUAUCAGUAUCCAGCUAGCCCCGCUCCAAAAAGAAUUGGAAAAAGAUAAUUCGGCUUCUUUCGUCUAUCUCAACGGGCCCGUGCAAAUCACCCCUCCACCAGGGUUCGAGGAAUAUUUCGGAAUCGGACCACAUUAUCGUUGGGCGGAUGAUGGAGGUGCCGCGGAGGACUCGAUGAUCAGUCGAGUACGAAAGAUUCCCGUUGGCCAGAAUCCGGAAGAUGUGAUGCGCGACUUAACCAGGGACCGUGACGUCGUAUGGAAGAACCACAAGGAAGUUAUGCAAUAUCUCUACGACACUCUCGAGCAGAACCCGGAGAUUGGCGGGAUCAUCGGCUACAGUGAGGGUGCAUCCAUAGCAGCCACCUUCAUUCUGGACGAGCAACAGCGACAAGAGAUUGGCUAUGAACGACGUAUCAAGUGCGCCAUUUUCUUCACCGGAUGGCCACCUAUAAGUGUUGAAAAGGGAUUAAUCCUGUCGGACGAGACCGAGGAGAUGGUGGAUGUGCCUAGCCUGCAUAUUGUGGGCGCCCAUGAUCCCUUCCGCCAUGGCGCAUAUGCUCUCUAUAAUGUCUGUGACCCCGACACGGCAACGUUUUUCGACACCGGCAAAGGCCACACCAUUCCGCGUUCUGGGCAAGUUAUUGAGGAGUUGGGAAAUGCGGUCCGAGACCUGAUCGCCAAAGGUCUGGGAUCCGCGGAAUAA